CUGAUCACAGUGAGUGAGGUGCUGGCCAUUCGAGUGUUAUACCUAUUAGUUAAAUUCAACAAUUUUAUAAUGACCAACUGUUUUCCAUGACAGCGGGGUCAUUUGAGCCACCCCCGCAUGAAACGCUUUAGGAUGGUUUACUACAUCAGUAAGUAGUUCCAAUAAAAAGGUGGGUUAUUAGCAUAAAGUACAGCAGCCUGUAUCGGUAAACGGUGGCAUUUUGUUCACACAGCUGGACCAGGUUUGUAGAAUGCGUGUGCAGGGAAUUUUCUCACUGCGUGCUUUUUGAAUGUUUUUAGAGUUGUGGGACAACCACCAGGGUCGAUUAGGUGUUGGGCGGGACAGCCACCAGGGUUGAUUAGGUGGUGGGUGGGACAGCCACCAGGGUUGAUUUGGUGGUGGGUGGGACAGCCACCAGGGUUGAUUUGGUGGUGGGUGGGACAGCCACCAGGGUUGAUUAGGUGAUGGGUGGGACAGCCACCAGGUUUGAUUUGGUGGUGGUUGGGACAGCCACCAGGGUUGAUUAGGCGGUGGGUGGGAUAGCCACCAGGGUUGAUUAGGUGGUGGAUGGGACAGCCACCAGGGUUGAUUAGGUGGUGGAUGGGACAGCCACCAGGGUUGAUUAGGUGGUGGGUGGGACAGCCACCAGGGUUGAUUUGGUGGUGGGUGGGACAGCCACCAGGGUUGAUUAGGUGGUGGGUGGGACAGCCACCAGGUUUGAUUUGGUGGUGGUUGGGACAGCCACCAGGGUUGAUUAGGCGGUGGGUGGGACAGCCACCAGGGUUGAUUUGGUGUUGAAUAUACAUAUUUUCAAACGUAAAACUUACCCGCACGGAGAAACCUUCAGAAACUAUCGAGGUAUCUGAAGCCGUAAUGAUGAAAUUACCUUUGUACUACUGUUACAUUUAGAGUCGAAGGAUCUCAUCACAUGAAAUAAAUACGCAGCUUGAAACAAGAAAUCGAUAACCAUUGGCGUAGCCAGGGUGAGUGACGCAAGGGCAUAGCCAGGGUGUGUGACGCAAGGGCGUAACCAGGGUGAGUUAUGCAAGGGUUGUAGCCAGGGUGAGUGACGCAAGGGCGUAGCCAGGGUGAGUUAUGCAAGGGCGUAGCAAGGGUGAGUGACGCAAGGGUGUAGUAAGGGUGAGUGACGCAAGGGCGUAGCUAGGGUCAGUUAUGCAAGGGCGUAGCAAGGGUGAGUGACGCAAGGGGCGUAGCAAGGGUGAGUGACGCAAGGGCGUAGUAAGGGUGAGUGACGCAAGGGGCGUAGCCAGUGUGAGUGACGCAAGGGCGUAGCCAGUGUGAGUGAUGCAAGGGCGUAGCCAGGGUGAGUUAUGCAAGGGCAUAGCAAGGGUGAGUGACGCAAGGGCGUAGCAAGGGUGAGUUACGCAAUGGCGUAGCCAGGGUCAGUGACGCAAGGGACGUAGCCAGGGUGAGUGACACAAGGGGCGUAGCCAGGGUGAGUGACGCAAGGGGCGUAGCCAAGGCUUUUGCCGAGCUCCUUCCACAAAAAAACCACUGACGAUGGACGAAAAUGACACCCCUCAAUAUAUAGAGAAAAGUUCCAUCCGGGCUUCUACGCACUCCCCUUCGUACAUCACUGCAGAUUACAUCUAGCUAAAAUCUAGAAAAGAGUUUUAAAAGAAGAAAACCUGUCACCAAUUAUAUUUAUUCAUUGAAGCCCUUCAUUCUCAUUAACCCCAUUUUAUUAUAUCACGCAGUAUAAUGAUUAUUAUAUUUUGUAUACAGAGAUGGCAGACGUACAAUCAGGAGGAGCACAACUAACCCAUGUGUCCAGUGUUAAGGUAGGGUAAAAUAAGGUGGGGCACAGCUGACCCACGUGUCCAGUGCCAAAGAAGGGUACACUUAGUAGGGGCACCAUGUGUCCAGUGCCAAAGUAGGGUACAAUCAUGAGGAGCACAGGUGACCCAUGUGUCCAGUGCCAAGGUAGGGUACAAUCAAUAGGGACAUAGGUGACACAUUUGUCCAUUGCCAGGGUAGGGUACAAUCAAUAGGGGCACAGGUGACACAUUUGUCCAUUGCCAAGGUAGGGUACAAUCAAUAGGGGCACAGGUGACACAUUUGUCCAUUGCCAGGGUAGGGUACAAUCAAUAGGGGCAUAGGUGACACAUUUGUCCAUUGCCAAGUUAGGGUACAAUCAAUAGGGGCACAGGUGACACAUUUGUCCAUUGCCAAGGUAGGGUACAAUCAAUAGGGGCAUAGGUGACACAUUUGUCCAUUGCCAGGGUAGGGUGUUUCUAAAAUAAUAAUUGAAAUGAAUGAAGUUUGUAGUUUUUCAAGUGCGCGACACCAUCAAAUUUGUAACCCGGGUCGAUUUCAUAAUGGACGGAAUGAGGUCAAGACUUUGUCUCACAGUUUAUGCAACUCAAGCUGUUGCUAAGCUGUAUUCAUUUUGGUCAAGCUGUUGCUAAGCUGUACUCAUUUUGGUCAAGCUGUUGCUAAGCUGUAUUCAUUUUGAAUAGAAUUAAACAUUGGGAGGGUGUCUGAAAUAAUGAUAUUAAUUAGUUAAUGAAUAAUCUAUCAUUUAUUUUUGAUUACUUUUUCUUUGAAAUUUUCACGUAAGCCAGUCGUCUUUAUGAAGGGAGUUUUUGUCACGUAUCUAAAUGGACGCAUUGACUCAUCGACGCAGAAAGUCUUAGUUUCAUAGGUUACAAUUAGUGUGAGAGGUAACACAACUGACAGACUCGUAGUUUCAUAGAUGCAUUUACUCGUAAAUGCUGGCGUACGUACAGAAACAUAUUCAAAAAGCUAUGGAUUCAUAGACUCCAGCGCACAUUUGUGCAGAUACAUUAGCACACAGAUCCACAUAUUCAUAUAUCAGUGGAUCGAUAUUCAUACAGACAUGGUUAAUAAAUUAGAUAGAUCUACGGAAUCACAAGUACAUAGACUCGCAGCUCUAUAAAAUCACACUUGCGUAGACUCAUUGAUCUUUAGAAUCAGACUUACUUAGACUCAUAGAGCUAAGGGAUUACAAUUACAUAAACACAUAGAUCUAUAGAAUUACACUUACAUGGACGCAUAAAUCCAUUAAAAAUAUAUCGUAUCCGGAAAUGUGUGUGAAAGAAAUUUCAUCAACGGAAAAUUGAUCGACGGAAAUUUGAUCGAACGAAAAUUGUAUAGCGUUAACUGAAAAAAAUAUUCGACCAAAUUUCCGUUCGAUCAAAUUUCCAUCGAUCAAUUUUCCGUCGACGAAAUUUCUUUCAAACGAAUUCCCGGUAACCAAAAAGUAUCACUAUUCGAGAACGAAGAAACAUGUAACCUUUGAUUGGUCCUCCCACAGGGGGAGAUUGGUUUGUACGGUCAUCACAAACAUGGACUCACAGUACUCACCACCACGGUGUUUGCUGUGGGGGAGAUGGCCGGCUCAGGAGUGUUGGCCUUACCUGGAGCGAUGGCUGGCACGGGUAAUUUAUAAUAUAAUUUAUGCAAUUUAAUUUUUUAAACUGUUCUUUUAUUUAUGACAUUCUGUUUAGAGGGCCUACAAUUUCGUCCAAUGGUUGAUGGCACUUUUUUUUUUUAAAUAUCGAUAUAGAUGAGUAAAUUUUGAAAAUAAUAAUUUUAAAAAAAAACUAUUACUUUUUAUAGCAAGAAUUUACAUAUUCAUUAUUAAUUUUAUAUUUUUAAAAACUGUUUAUAGCAGCAUUCACCCCGUAGUAUUUACUACAGUUAUAUUUGUAUCGCUUACGGAUUACAUCUAGGUCUAUAUGCAUGUAUUUCAAAUGUAUGUAUAGGUGUUAUUGAAUUGUUUGUUUAAAGCUCUAAGUAUUACAGUUAUAUGUUGAUAGUUUUAUGAGGGAUUACAAUUAUGUGUGGGUAAUUAAUUCAUGACAUCCCAGGCUACGUUGGGAUCCUGUUAAACAUUGUCUGUGCAGUGGUAUCGGCCUACACGGGUGUCCUGCUGGGGAAAUGCUGGCUGAUGGUCAUGAACCGAUACCCUGAGUAUCAAGAACAUUCUCGAUACCCGUAUCCGGCUAUUGGUCAAGUCACAUACGGUAAACCUGGAAGGUAAGGCGAGUCGGGGCCAUUAAAUUAUGGUACAUCCUUUCGUAAAACUUUUUUUUCAUUCGAUCAUAUAUAUAUAUUAAAAUUAGUAAAAUUGUUUCUGUACACAAAUUAUAAAAAGCAUUAAAAUAUUUGUUUUUUUAUUUGAAAUUAUAAAAAGUUUUAACGUUUUUCGUUUUUUAUUUGAAAUUGUAAAAUAUUCAAUGACGGGGUCCGUGUGAGAAGGAUAUUGAAUAACGCACUGUAACGGAUUAAAAGUAGUUUAUUACUAAACGUGUGUACGGAGCCACCUCACAAAUUUUAAUCUAACUGAAAACUUAACGGACGUUGUUCAAAGAUCGGGUAAACUGUUUGUCUCCUGUGCAGUUAAAUUAAAAUGUCCAUUAUUGAAUGAUUGCGUCCCUUUAAGAUUGAUCGUGUCGUGCGCCAUCAACUUCACGAUGUUCGGCGCGUCGGUCGUGUUCCUGCUCCUGGGAUCUGAGAACUUGCAGUCGCUGGUCAAAGACCUGGGGAAGGACAUCUCCUUCUGCUACUGGCUGUUUAUCGUGGCCGGAGUCCUGCUUCCCAUCAGCUGGCUCGGGACACCAAAAGAUUUUUGGUAAGCUAUUUCUCAUGGCACAAUUUCGUUUGCAGUAAAUUGAGAUAUACAUUUUGAGUUCAAUGAAAUGUAAAUAUUAAAAAAAAAGGGAAUAAGAUUAAAGAAGAUAAGAUUAAACAAGAUAAGAUUAAAGAAGAUAAGAUUAAAGAAGAUAAGAUAUGAGGAAAUAAGAGCAGAGAAAAAAAGAAAAUAGUUGCGAUAGAAACUCAACUGCGAGAAUAGUACUCACGGAUGUAGCAACGAACCUUAUCAGACUAAGAGCUUAAUACGACAUUUUAAAUGUUUAUUCUUUCAAAAAGUUAACUAUUAAACAAAACAAAAAACACAUAGGUGAAUGAUGGUUUCGGGAGGUGGUCGGUCUGCCCUGCAUUUCAUUUAGGAAUGAAACAGUAAUAAAGUUAAUAUCAAGUAUAAACAGUGAAGUUGUUUUUUUUUUUAUUUUUUUUUACCAGAAUUGUUUUUAAACAUCUUGUUUUCUCUUUGGUCGAACAUUCAACAAAUAAAGAAUACGGGUGUCGAUGAAUUUAGUGAUAAAAGAACCGAAGAUCAUUGAAUAAUUUUUAGAUAAAGUUUUAAAAUAUUUACAUCUGUCCACCUGAUGCCCACAUGUUUGGCGGAUGUAUCACAAAACUGUUAAUACUGUCUGACGAGGGGGGAAUAGCAAAUAGUUAUGAUGGGGGAAAAAUUAAUUACUUAAUAAAUUUUGCGAGUUUUUUUUUACUGGCUUAAAACGUAUUAAUAUUGACAGUUAAAUUGCUCACAUUUUAGCAUCCCAAUAACAAUUGACAAUGAUCUCUACAGGCCCAUCGCCAUCGGCGCCACGGUGGCCACAAGUGUCGCCUGCUGCGUAGUUCUGGCAAACAUCGUCAAAGACAGCCACACCGUCCCUCCAGUCUUUCAUGCACCCAUUGAGUUCAAGCCUUUCGCCUUCGCCCUUGGAACCAUCUGCUUCGCCUAUGGAGGCCACCCAGCCUUCCCCACAUUCCAAGCCGACAUGAGGAAUCCGGAGAAAUUUGGAGUCGCGAUUUUUAUCUCUUACAUGAGUGAGUAGAUUGUGAGGGUAUAGUUUCAUGUGAGUAGAUUGUGAGGGUAUAGUUUCAUGUGAGUAGAUUGUGAGGGUAUAGUUUCAUGUGAGUAGAUUGUGAGGGUAUAGUUUCAUAGUGAGUAGAUUGUGAGGGUAUAGUUUCAUGUGAGUAGAUUGUGAGGGUAUAGUUUCAUGUGAGUAGAUUGUGAGGGUAUAGUUUCAUGUGAGUAGAUUGUGAGGGUAUAGUUUCAUGUGAGUAAAUUGUUAGGGUAUAGUUUCAUGUGAGUAGAUUGUCAGGGUAUAGUUUCAUGUGAGUAGAUUGUGAGGGUAUAGUUUCAUGUGAGUAGAUUGUGAGGGUAUAGUUUCAUGUGAGUAGAUUGUCAGGGUAUAGUUUCAUGUGAGUAGAUUGUGAGGGUAUAGUUUCAUAGUGAGUAGAUUGUGAGGGUAUAGUUUCAUUGUGAGUAGAUUGUGAGGGUAUAGUUUCAUGUGAGUAGAUUGUGAGGGUAUAGUUUCAUUGUGAGUAGAUUGUGAGGGUAUAGUUUCAUAGUGAGUAGAUUGUGAGGGUAUAGUUUCAUAGUGAGUAGAUUGUGAGGGUAUAGUUUCAUAGUGAGUAGAUUGUGAGGAUAUAGUUUCAUUGUGAGUAGAUUGUGAGGGUAUAGUUUCAUAGUGAGUAGAUUGUGAGGGUAUAGUUUCAUUGUGAGUAGAUUGUGAGGGUAUAGUUUCAUAGUGAGUAGAUUGUGAGGGUAUAGUUUCAUGUGAGUAGAUUGUGAGGGUAUAGUUUCAUAGUGAGUAGAUUGUGAGGGUAUAGUUUCAUUGUGAGUAGAUUGUGAGGGUAUAGUUUCAUGUGAGUAGAUUGUGAGGGUAUAGUAUCAUAGUGAGUAGAUUGUGAGGGUAUAGUUUCAUUGUGAGUAGAUUGUGAGGGUAUAGUUUCAUAGUGAGUAGAUUGUGAGGGUAUAGUUUCAUAGUGAGUAGAUUGUGAGGGUAUAGUUUCAUAGUGAGUAGAUUGUGAGGGUAUAGUUUCAUAGUGAGUAGAUUGUGAGGGUAUAGUUUCAUGUGAGUAGAUUGUGAGGGUAUAGUUUCAUAGUGAGUAGAUUGUGAGGGUAUAGUUUCAUGUGAGUAGAUUGUGAGGGUAUAGUUUCAUAGUGAGUAGAUUGUGAGGGUAUAGUUUCAUGUGAGUAGAUUGUGAGGGUAUAGUUUCAUAGUGAGUAGAUUUUGAGGCUAUAGUUUCAUGUGAGUAGAUUGUGAGGGUAUAGUUUCAUGUUGAGUAGAUUGUGAGGGUAUAGUUUCAUAGUGAGUAGAUUGUGAGGGUAUAGUUUCAUGUGAGUAGAUUGUGAGGGUAUAGUUUCAUGUGAGUAUAUUGUGAGGGUAUAGUUUCAUGUGAGUAGAUUGUGAGGGUAUAGUUUCAUGUGAGUAGAUUGUGAGGGUAUAGUUUCAUGUGAGUAGAUUGUGAGGGUAUAGUUUCAUGUGAGUAGAUUGUGAGGGUAUAGUUUCAUUGUGAGUAGAUUGUGAGGGUAUAGUUUCAUAGUGAGUAGAUUGUGAGGGUAUAGUUUCAUAGUGAGUAGAUUGUGAGGGUAUAGUUUCAUAGUGAGUAGAUUGUGAGGGUAUAGUUUCAUGUGAGUAGAUUGUGAGGGUAUAGUUUCAUAGUGAGUAGAUUGUGAGGGUAUAGUUUCAUGUGAGUAGAUUGUGAGGGUAUAGUUUCAUAGUGAGUAGAUUGUGAGGGUUUAGUUUCAUUGUGAGUAGAUUGUGAGGGUAUAGUUUCAUUGUGAGUAGAUUGUGAGGGUAUAGUUUCAUUGUGAGUAGAUUGAGAGGGUAUAGUUUCAUGUGAGUAGAUUGUAAAUGUAUAAUCUCAUUGCUUUUGUUGGUAUGAAAUAGUAAGUAUAUGCUGUGUAGCAGCUUGAAUAACUGACACAAGACAAUAAAAUGAACAUUUCAGCUCAAUGGUUUAUUCUGCCAACACAAUAAAAUGAACAUUUCAUAUGAAUGGCUUAUCCUGUCAAUACGACAAUAAAAUGAACAUUUCAACUGAAUGGCUUAUCCUGCCAACAAUAAAAUGAAAAUUUCAACUGAAUGGCUCAUCCUGCCAACAAUAAAAUGAACAUUUCAACUGAAUGGCUUAUCCUGCCAACAAUAAAAUGAACAUUUCAACUGAAUGGCUUAUCCUGCCAACAAUAAAAUGAACAUUUCAACUGAAUGGCUUAUCCUGCCAACAAUAAAAUGAACAUUUCAACUGAAUGGCUUAUCCUGCCAACAAUAAAAUGAACAUUUCAACUGAAUGGCUUAUCCUGCCAACAAUAAAAUGAACAUUUCAACUGAAUGGCUUAUCCUGCCAACAAUAAAAUGAACAUUUCAACUGAAUGGCUUAUCCUGCCAACAAUAAAAUGAACAUUUCAACUGAAUGGCUUAUCCUGCCAACAAUAAAAUGAACAUUUCAACUGAAUGGCUUAUCCUGCCAACAAUAAAAUGAACAUUUCAACUGAAUGGCUUAUCCUCCCAACAAUAAAAUGAACAUUUCAACUGAAUGGCUUAUCCUCCCAACAAUAAAAUGAACAUUUCAACUGAAUGGCUUAUCCUGCCAACAAUAAAAUGAACAUUUCAACUGAAUGGCUUAUCCUCCCAACAAUAAAAUGAACAUUUCAACUGAAUGGCUUAUCCUGCCAACAAUAAAAUGAACAUUUCAACUGAAUGGCUUAUCCUCCCAACAAUAAAAUGAACAUUUCAACUGAAUGGCUUAUCCUGCCAACAAUAAAAUGAACAUUUCAACUGAAUGGCUUAUCCUCCCAACAAUAAAAUGAACAUUUCAACUGAAUGGCUUAUCCUGCCAAAACAACAAUAAAGAAAAUAAGAAAAUCUGACAUAAAGUAUUUGGCUUGCAAACAGCUUAACAACCGUAUGUAAUGACAAAAGGAACGUAUCUUCUUGUCAUUGGUUUAGAUAUGUGUCUGUUUAUAAACCAACGUGUUGAUAUGUCUUUUAAAUUAGAAUGUUUACCAUCAAGUUGUAUAACUGAAGCACCUUCCAGCAACAAUCGGUUUAACAUCAGCUUGUUUAACAUCCAGUCGUGUUGCUGAUGUACCUUCCGGUUGCCAUCGCUGGUUACAUGGUGUACGGCAUCAACACCAAGGACAACAUCCUGGCGACGGUCUCGUCGGGCCCCAUGCAGUACGCCGUUGAGAUCCUCAUCACAAUGCACAUCUUCUGCAGCUUCAUCAUCGUCAUCAACCCCGUGUGUCAGGAGUUUGAGGAGCUUCUCAGGAUACCAACACGUUAGUUGAUGUGCAUGUGCCUGCUAGUCAGUCUCAUCUUGUGUUUGUAUACCUAUUAGACGUAUACUUGUGUCUGAAAUGGGUCAGUCUUAUCUUGUGUUUGUAUACCUAUCAGACGUAUACUUGUGUCUGAAAUGUGUCAAUCUUAUCUUGAGUGUGUAAACUAUCAGCCGUAUACUUGUUUCUGAAAUGUGUCAGUCUUAUCUUGUGUUUGUAUACCUAUCAGACGUAUACUUGUGUCUGAAAUGUGUCAGUCUUAUCUUGUGUUUAUAUUUCUUUUAGACGUAUACUUCUUCUAUAUAUUAAGGGCCCACGAUCAAUUUAUUGAUCAUUUUGGCUCCUAUGCAUGUAGAGGGGAUUUGCAAUGUUUCUGUACCUGGUGUUGAUGAUGAUAUUUCACUGGUUGCAAAGGGUAUCAUGCACUGGGGUUGGAAGGCCUGAGGCAAUAGACGCAAAUGUGUCAAGUGUUGUCGCCUCAACUGCUCCUUUUGAAAGCUUGUUCCUGUCCCUGAUUGUCUUUGGCGGGACUGAGCAGCUCCUAUACAGGCUUCUUGCUGGUAUGAGCCGGAAUUGCCUGUCCUGGCCUCGUCGCUGUCUACACUUGUGUCUGUAAUGUGGCUGUCUCAUCUUGUGUUUGUAUACUUUUGUAGACGUAUACAUAUGUCUCUAAUGAGUCAGUAUAUUUAUGUGUUUCCUUAUAAUAGACAAUUGUAAAUUAUUUUUUAAACGAUGCAUAAAAACCUAUAAUGUUCAUGAAUGAUUUAUCAAAGAGCGGUCAAUUCUUAUUGAAUUAUUCUAAUUCUUAUUGAAUUAUUCUUUUUUAUUCUUUACUGUCUAGUUUUUUUAAUGUCAUCUAAAAUUGUAUGCUACAUCCUGCUUAAUUCUACAACCCACAUAUGCUACAUCCUGCUCAUGCUACAUCCUGCUCAUGCUAUAUCCUACGAAUGAUACAUCCUAAUUAUGCUACAUCCUACUCAUGCUACACUUUCCUUCAUUCUAAAACUGUAUGCCACAUGCUACCCCAUUCAAACGCCAGGUCUCCUCUACUACGAACGAACCAGUCCAGUUGUUUCAAAUGGGUUCUGCAAUUUUCUCAUCAGAUUUCGGAGUCAAGCGUGUUAUAUUCCGCACGGUGAUGAUGGGUGUGAUACUGUUUGUGGCCGAGUCCGUCCCUCACUUCGGCGCCAUCUUAUCUCUCAUAGGCGGCUCAACGCUGACUCUUCUGGCUUACAUCCUACCUCCCAUCUUCUACCUGAAACUGUGCUCUAUGACGGGGGACUGGGACAAAGUGUGAGUACCAUUGUCAAGUCUACUGGUAGUAAAGACAGUGAUUAUUGGAGGUGCCUUUUAAAGAAAAAGUUUGGGUACCUUAUAAAUAUAUAGUCUUGUUGGUAUCGUAUAAAUAUAUAGUCUUGUUGGUAUCGUAUAAAUAUAUAGUCUUGUUGGUAUCGUAUAAAUAUAUAGUCUUGUUGGUAUCGUAUAAAUAUAUAGUCAUGUUGUAUCGUUUAAAUAUAUAGUCUUGUUGGUAUCGUAUAAAUAUAUAGUCUUGUUGGUAUCGUAUAAAUAUAUAGUCUUGUUGGUAUCGUAUAAAUAUAUAGUCUUGUUGGUAUCGUAUAAAUAUAUAGUCUUGUUGGUAUCGUAUAAAUAUAUAGUCUUGUUGGUAUCGUAUAAAUAUAUAGUCUUGUUGGUAUCGUAUAAAUAUAUAGUAUUGUUGGUAUCGUAUAAAUAUAUAGUCUUGUUGGUAUCGUAUAAAUAUAUAGUCUUGUUGGUAUCGUAUAAAUAUAUAGUCUUGUUGGUAUCGUAUAAAUAUAUAGUCUUGUUGGUAUCAUAUAAAUAUAUAGUCUUGUUGGUAUCGUAUGAAUGUUCUGUUUUGGUUGGAUCAUUCAUGGAGAUAUUGGUAGAUCUAGCUUUACAAUAAUGUUACAAUAUGUUACUUUACACAUUUUUAAUGAAGUGGCUGUAUGGUGGUCUGCACCUAACCUCUAAUGAACUAAACAGUCUGAGCUUCUGGGUUCAAAUCUUCUCCGCAACUGAGUACGUUCCACCCAAAGCUAUCGCCUGGGUCCUGCAACCCCAGAGGCCGACCUUUUCAACAUUAACUUAAGAAACGAUCAACUAUGAAUGAAGGUGUGCCCAAAACCGAACAGUGGCAGGGGCCUCAAAAAGUCACGUGAUAGCUCCGGUUACACCCGCUCAUUGCUGCAAUAGAAUGAUGUAACCGUGGGUGAUCGAUUACGUGUGUAGCGCUUGUGUCCAUGCUAUUUUAGCCCGCUCACAGCGCUCGCUAACUUCACUGAGAAUAGCUGUAGCCCAUCAAACAGAUGGACAUUUUCAUGAUUAGCAUAGAUUUAAAAUAUUACACAUUUUACCAUUUCCACAAUCGCCUCGAGGUCUAGGAUGAAAAAAAGAAAUUUAAAGGCUUCUAUAAGUAUUUACCAUCAUUCAAAAGUUCUUUUACAAUAAGUUGUUUUUUUUUUCAAAUGAGUAUCAACAUAAUUUUCUUUCCUCGAUGAGAUUCAGUCGAACUUGAAUGAGUGUUUCCAGAUCACUAAGUAAGGAAAUUCAGUCGAACUUGAAUGAGUGUUUCCAGAUCACUAAGUAAGGAAAUUCAGUCGAACUUUAAAGUUAUUUAGUGACCUGGAAAUACAGUUAAUUUAAACACAGAGCUUAACAUAAAAAAUAAAACAAAAACAUAAAAAAAUAACGACAAUAAGAAGAAAAUAAUGAUAUUAAAGUAAUAAGCAUAGACUCGCUAUAAAAAUGAUUAUUGCUUUGUGUCAUCCCAAACUCAAGAGAAGAAGUCUUUUUACCAGAACAAAACUUGGAAUGUUCACAUGUUGUUACUUACUCCCCUUGGUUCAGAUGCAUUCGUGACGUUAAAGCACCACAGCAUAACAUCCAAACCUUCAUAGAGACGUGUGUGUUAUUUUUUUAAUUAUUUUUUUUUUAAAUUUUCUGUCUUCCGUUGAUUCCAGCGAUGCCUCGCUCCACCAGAAAUUCGCUUGUUUCGAGAUCGUCCUGGUGGGCUCGAUUGUUGGAAUAGCCGCCACGUACUCGGCGGUCGUCUCCUUGGCAACCAGCAGCUUCUCGACCCCGUGUUACAUCAACAGCGACGCCAGCCAAUGAGAACUGAACAGAACAACAACAACAAAAAAUCAUAGUUUAUAUAUAUAUAUAUAAUUAAAUUAUUUUUUUAUUGAUGUACAUAGUGUUACAGCUAGGAAAUGAAUGUACUUUUCAACUUAUCGGCCUUCUUAAUGUUUAAAACCUUGGGCCUCUAGUACUUAUUUACCAUCUAUUGAGUGCAGUGGCGUAGCUAGGGAAUGGUGCCACCCGGGGCGGAUCGAUAAUUUUACCCGCCCCCUUCCGUGAAAACAACUCUGCAGUUGGGUCACCAUGUCGACCAUGAACUUAAAGAGGAAAAAAAAGUGCCGUCCGGGGGUGGAGCGCCCCCUCCACACCAUCCCCCCCCUUCUUACGCCACUGACUGAGUGCAAUAUCUUUUUCUUAUGUUCAUUCUGUCGCAUGUUAGUAAAAUGCGUUGCAAUUGUGUGUUUUAAAAUUUUCUUUUGAUAAAAAUACACAUUUCGGUUCAUUUGGCAUGGGUUUGAAUAGCUUCUUUUCCUAAAUGUAAAUGAAAGACAACUCUGAUUCAGACUAUUGCAUCUGUAGAUACACUGGUUUAUUCCCCCUUUUAUAAAAGUUGCGUUUUAAAAAAAAUACAUCAUGACGGCAAGUUAGG